GUAUAUGCUGAAUAUACAAUCCGUAUUGCAUGCGGGAGAAUACCGGUAUGAAUGAAAAGAAUGAACAUGGCAAGUUUAAGGUUACUGCACCGAAAUAAAUUCAUUUUUUCGUGUAGUAAGCAAAGACAAAUUAAUAAUCAUGGGUCUCGAGCGAAAUCACAUUCAAAAACAUCUUCUUCUGCGGAUUCGGAGGUUGUUCUUAAUUUUUCUAAUGGAAAACACAUGAUAUUAUCAACGGGCAAGUACGCUCGCUUGGCUGAUGGAUGUGCUGUUGCUACUUUGGGCGAUACCUCUGUUAUGGUGACAACUGUUAGUAAAUCACAGUCAUCUGGUGUAAACUCAUUUUUACCUUUAGUUGUAGACUAUAGGCAAAAAGCUGCUGCAGCUGGUCGCAUUCCUACAAAUUUUUUUCGAAGAGAACUGGGCCAUACGGAACAUGAAAUUUUGACUAGUAGAUUAAUUGACAGAUCUCUGCGUCCAUUAUUUCCGCAAAAGUAUAAUUAUGAGACUCAAGUAGUCUGUAACAUGUUAGCCUUGGAUGGAAACAACGAUCCAGAUGUUCUUUCAAUAAAUGGUGCUUCAGCUGCGUUGGCUGUAUCAGAUAUUCCGUGGAAUGGACCUGUUGGUGCUGUAAGAGUAGGUUUGAUCGAUAAUGAAGUUUUGAUUAAUCCUACAAGGCGAGAAAUACAACAAAGUUCAUUAAAUCUCAUUGUAACUGCUACUCAACAAAAUUUAGUUGUUAUGCUUGAAGGUUCUGCAGAUAACAUUUUAGUGCCUGAAUUAAGAAAGGCUCUGAAAGCUGGAGUUAAGGAAUGCCAAAUUAUUGUACAAAGUAUUCAGAAGCUUCAGAAAAAUUUUGGCAAACCAAAAAGAACAGUAGAACCUCCAGCUGAACUUCCAGAAGAAAUCGUUGAAUCGAUAAAGUCUCUUUCUGAAAAAAAACUUCGUAAAAUAUUUUCAGAUUAUAAACAUGACAAAUUAUCCAGGGACAAUGCUAUUAAUAAUCUUCGCAAUGAAGUAUUAACAACCGUAAAGGCCAGUCACUCAGAAUUAGAUUCAGGACUUACAUUAGAAGCUUUUUCUGAAUUCAGCAAGACUCUAUUUAGGUCUUUAAUAUUUGAAAAUAACUGCAGGUGUGAUGGCCGAAAAUAUACUGAUCUCAGAAAUAUCACAUGCCAAGUGGAUUUAUUUAAACCUCUCCAUGGUUCAGCAUUAUUCCAGCGAGGCCAGACGCAAGUUCUCUGUACAGUAACACUUGAUUCACCAGACAGUGCCCUAAAAAUGGAUACUAUGUCAAUGUUAUCGAGUGGAGUCAAAGAAAAGAAUUUCUUCUUGCACUAUGAAUUUCCACCAUACGCUACUAAUGAAACUGGACGUACUGGUCCUGUAGGCAGAAGAGAGAUGGGCCAUGGAGCUUUAGCUGAAAGAGGAUUGAGAGCUAUAUUACCAAAAGAAUAUCCAUUUACCAUUAGAUUAACUAGUGAAGUUUUGGAAUCAAAUGGUUCAUCAUCUAUGGCUUCGGUAUGCGGUGGUAGUUUAGCUUUGAUGGAUGCAGGUGUACCAAUAGCAGCCCCUGCUGCUGGUGUGGCUAUUGGAUUAGUCACAAAAUACGACAAAGAUACUAAGCAUAUAAAAGAUUAUAAAAUUCUAACUGAUAUCCUGGGAAUCGAAGAUUAUUUAGGAGACAUGGACUUCAAAAUAGCUGGUACAAAAAAAGGUGUUACAGCACUACAAGCUGAUAUAAAAAUUCCAGGCCUUCCACUCAAAAUUGUGAUGGAAAGUCUCGAGCAGGCAACUGAAGCCAAGACUCAGAUUUUAAAUAUAAUGAACGAAGCUAUAUCCAAACCAAGAACUGACAAAAAAAAUAAUAUGCCUGUCACAGAAACAAUCGAAGUUCCUGCUCAUCUUAGGGGAAAGCUAUUGGGAAUUGGCGGCACUAAUAUAAAAAAAAUAUUUUUACAAACUGGAGUUCACAUAAACCAAGAAGAAGACACUAAAUUCGUAUUAUUUGCUCCAAAUGAAACUGCUAUGGAUGAAGCUAAAGAAACUAUUAAUCAAUUAACGAAACAAGAACGUGAGCCCACAUUGGAGUUCGGAGGAAUUUAUACAGCGAAAAUUGUCGAAAUGAAAGAUAUAGGCGUCAUGGUCACACUCUAUCCUUCGAUGCCGCCAGCGUUACUUCAUAACUCUCAGCUAGACCAACGAAAAGUUAAUCAUCCCAGUGCACUAGGUUUCGAAGUUGGCCAAGAACUGCAAGUGAAAUAUUUCGGUAGAGAUCCAGCUUCAGGCAACAUGAGAUUAUCGCGGAAAGUUCUCCAGACAACGAAUUUGGCAAGGAAAAAUUUUAGCGAUUCGUCCUCGUGAAGUAACUUGCUUAUUGCAGUUGCAAAUUACUUCUAAAUGAUAAAUGAAAGUGAUGGAUGCACAAAGUUCGUCACAGAAAUGUUCAUUUAAAUAACGUUCUAUUCUUAUUGGCGAGGAAUUUUCAUCAACAGCUGUUCAGAAGUUGAAAAUAUAAUAUUUGUAAAUACAUAAAUAAGAUCGAAAUACAUAUUAAGUAAACAUUCUAACGCCAGUUUAGGUAUUGUAAAAUACUAGCUUUGUUAUUGUGCAUAGUUAUACAAUUUUUUACGAAUGUUUGUAAAUUACAAUAUUACGAUAAAUACGUUUUAUUACUGAAUUGAUUUUCUUACCAUAUUAGUAAUAUUGCAACAAAGAAGUUUUAUAAAAAACAUGUGCACAUGAGAACAAAAACCAAAGUAGUAAACCAGUUGAAAGCGGUUUCGUGCCACUUACCUAGAAUUUACUUUUGUCAAAGUAGGUAUUUUUAAAUCUAUUAUAUAUCUAUAUACCAUCUGUUUCCAUAAAAAAAAACACUUAUAUUCUU